CCUAUCCUGGCCAUGGUACGCUGGGCGAGUUCUUGUCACUGGAUGUCAUUGACCAAUCAGAGUGUGUCUGUUGUUUUCUGUUGCCAGGGAAACACCAAGGUGGACAGCUUCACCUUUAACGGCUCCACCCCCCUCCACAUCGCUGCAGGGCGGGGCUCCGUCAAACUGACCGCUCUCCUGAUGGCUGCAGGUGCAGACCCUCAGAAGGAGAACUUUGAGCCGCUCUUCUUCAGGGAGGACGACAGCUGUGAGGAAGAGAGGGAAGAUGAGGAUGAAGGCUACAUCCCAGGAACCACUCCUCUCAACAUGGCCGCCAACGCUCAGGUACCCCGCCUCAGAGGGACGAGAUAUGAUGUCCCUGCACGAU